ACGCGCUGUCGCAGGCGACGACGAGAUGGCCGCUCCGCGCAGCACCGUUCGGCGCGACCUGCUUCACGACAUCGAGGCUCGCGCGCAGGCCAAGUGGGAAGAAACAAAGGCCUUCGAGGAGGACGCGCCCGCCGAGGGCACUUGGGACGGCGGCAAGUACCUCGUCACCUUUCCGUACCCAUACAUGAAUGGCCGGCUGCACCUCGGCCACGCCUUCUCGCUGACCAAGGCGGAGUUCUCGGUGGCGUUCCACCGCAUGCGCGGCGAGAAGGCGCUCUUCCCGUUCGCCUUCCACUGCACGGGCAUGCCGAUCCAGGCGGCGGCGCACAAGCUCAAGAACGAGUUCGCGCUCUACGGCUCGCCGCUGCCGAACUUCCCCACGUCGCCGCCCGAGGCGGAGAAGGAGAGCAAGGGCGGCGGGGGCGGGAAGCCGAAGGGGAAGCCGCAGAAGGUGGUCGCAAAGACGGGCGGCCUGAUGCACCAGUGGGACAUCCUCCGCGCCAUGGGGCUAAGCCCUGCAGAGAUAGUCCCCUUUGUGGACCCUGUCUACUGGCUCGAGUACUUUCCGCCGCUGGGCAAGACGGACCUGAUCCGCUUCGGCGUGGGGGUGGACUGGCGCCGCUCCUUCAUCACCACCGACUACAACCCGUACUACGACUCCUUCGUCCGCUGGCAGUUUGCAAAGCUUCGCGCCGGCGGCUUUGUCGCGUUCGGCAAGCGUCCCUCCAUCUUCUCCGAGGCGGACGCGCAGCCGUGCAUGGACCACGACCGCGACAAGGGGGAGGGGGUCGCGCCGCAGGAGUACACGGCCAUCAAGAUGCGCCUCCUCGAGCCCCUCCCCCCCGUCCUCGCAAAGUUCGCGGGCUCGCAGGCGCCGCUGGAGACCCACCCUCGCCGCACGCUCCGGCCAGAGACGAUGUGCGGCCAGACCAACGCGUGGAUCCUGCCCGAGGGGGAGUACGGCGCCUUCGAGGCGCGGCAGCCUAGAAGCGGAAGACGCAUUCUUGGCGUCGUCUACCUCUGCGCGGCGCGCGCGGCGCGCAACAUGGCAUUCCAAGACCUCUUCCCGGAGUGGGGCAGGCCGAAGCAGCUCGCCACCUUCUUCGGCCGCGAGCUGCUCGGCGCCGCCGUCAAGGCCGGUCGCUCUGCGCCGCUCUGCCCGUACGAGCGGAUCCACUUCCUCCCCCUCCUCACGAUCUCGAUGACCAAGGGCACCGCCAUCGUCACCUCGGUGCCCUCCGACUCGCCGGACGACUACGCCGCCUUCAUGGACAUGAAGAACGCCAAGAAGCGCGAGUACUACUCCGGGCAGGCGGGCGCGGAGCUGCGCGCCGAGUGGAUCGACCCUUUCGAGGUGGUGCCGGUGCUCCAGACGCCCGAGCUGGGCGAGGUUGCCGCGAAGUUCAUGUGCGACAAGCUCGGCAUCACGUCGCAGAAGGAGGUUGAGAAGCUCAAGGAGGCGCACGACGCUUGCUACACCGCCGGCUUUUACAAGGGCGUCAUGACGGCGGGCCCCUUUGCCGGCCUCCCGGUCCAGGAGGCAAAGCUCAAGACAAAGGCAAAGAUGGUCGCCGACGGCGAGGCGAUCACCUACCUCGAGCCCGAGGGGCUGGUCACGCCUCGCUCGACGCCGGACGUCGAGUGCGUGGUUGCGCUGGUGGACCAGUGGUACCUCAAGUACGGCGAGGAGGAGUGGGCGGCGCGCGUGGGCGAGCACCUCGGCGGCCUCGAGUGCUACAAUCCGGCCGUCCACAAGGCGUUCCGCGACGCGCUCGGCUGGCUCGGCGACUGGGCGUGCUCUCGCUCGUUCGGGCUAGGCACGCGCAUGCCGUGGGACACGCAGUUCCUGAUCGAGUCGCUCUCGGACUCAACCAUCUACAUGGCCUACUACACCGUCGCGCACCUGCUGCAGGGCAGCUCGAUGUUUGGCACCGACCGCGCAACGGCGCCCGCCGCCCCGAGGCAGUGCAGCGAGGGCUUUUGGGACCACGUGCUGCUCGGGAAGCCGUACGAGCCGGCGGCGGGCGAGGCGCCGGUCCCGGCCGCACCGCUCGCGAGCAUGCGACGCGAGUUCGAGUUUUGGUACCCGGUGGACAUGCGCGUGUCUGGCAAGGACCUGAUCCCGAACCACCUCACGAUGAGCCUCUACAACCACGCGGCCGUCUGGCAGGACGACCCCGCUAAGUACCCGCGCUCGAUCUUUUGCAACGGCCACGUGCAGGUCGACGCUGAAAAGAUGUCCAAGUCCAAGGGCAACUUCAUCGGCCUGCUGCAGGCGUGCGAGAAGUGGUGCGCCGACGCGACCCGCUUUGCGUGCGCCGACGCGGGCGACGGGAUCCUCAACGCGAACUUCGACACGACCAUCGCCGACCGCUCCAUCCUCUCGCUCACCGCUGAGCUCGAGUGGGCGCGCGCCGCGCUCGCGGGCAGCGCCAAGGACGCGUCGAUGCGGCCGGCGGGCGCCGCCGCCACGUGGCUCGACGCGUGGUUCGCAAACGAGAUGAACCGGCUCGUGCUCGCCGUGACGGAGGGCUUCGCGAGCAUGCGGUUCCGCGACGCGCUCAAGCAUGCGUGGUACGGGAUGCAGGAGGCUCGCGACCGCUACCGCUCCGGCUGCGUCGAGUCGGGCCUCGACGCCGAGCUGACGCGGCGGUGGGUCGAGUGGCAGGCUCUGCUGAUGGUGCCGAUCACGCCGCACUGGUCCGAGGAGGUCUGGUCGGCCGUGCUCGGCAGGGAGGGCUGCGCCGUCCGCGCGGCGUGGCCGACCCCGACGGCGCCGAUCGACGCGGGCGUGUCCGCGGCCGGCGCGUACCUCUUCAAGGUGUCGAGCGUCAUCGCCACCGCCAUGGCCAACCACGAGAAGAAGGCGGCCAAGGCCAAGGGCAAGGGCGGCAAGCCGGCCGACGGCGGCGCGGCGGCGCCAAAGCCAAACCAGGCGCGCCUGUACGUCGCGCGCAAGUUCCCGCGCUGGAAGGAGCGAGUGCUCGAGCUGCUGCGGGGCCACUUCGACGCGGACAGCGGCGCGGUGAGCGAGGCGGUGCGGGCGGCCAUCUCGGGCUGCGACGAGAUCAAGGCGUGCAACAAGGGGAAGCAGCCCAUGCAGUUCGCCGCGAUGAUGAUGGAGGAGGCGAAGCUGGGCGGUCUCUCCGCGCUCGCGCUGUCGAUGCCCUUCGACGAGGCGCUGGUGGUCGAGCAAAACUUUUCCUACCUCAGGACAACCCUCGCUUCGGUCGGUUUUGUCGGCAUCCACGUCUACACCGAGGCGCACGACUCGGUGCCCGACGCCGAGAUGCUCGCCUCCGCCGCGCCGGGCGCGCCGUCCGUGCAGCUCUUCCACGCCGAGUGAACGGGCGGCGGGCUGCCGGCACGAUCGGCCAAACGACCAACUCCGCGACUAAGAGAGACAGAGAGAGGUUUGAUACCGUAGAGUGCCCAAAGGCGUCGGGGCGGACAGGGGAGUAUUGUAAAUAAACAAAUAAAAAACGGACACCUCUC